GUCAGGGUCAAAUUUUUUAACAGUACAGAUUGCAUGGGUUGAAACUACAAUAUUCAUUAGGCAGUUUCAAAAUAAUUUACCACUAAUGUUAAGCACAUGGGGUUGGCAUUUAAUGUAUAAGGUCUAUGUCCCUGGUCAAGGCCACAGUUCAAAGUUCACAUGGUUUGCACUGUAACAUCACCACUGUUAAGAAUGUGCAUCAACUAUUUUGCUCGCUUGACCUUUACCCCCAGCUUUCUAUGCUUGAACAAUUUGUGAUAGAGGAAAACCUAAAAGAAACCUUAAUCGCUGGAUUUUAAUUUGAUGCAUUUGGGUAUUUGAUUUACGGUUUCAAGACUUUGGCAAAUAAAUUGAUAUAAUGUGUCCUGUAUUUCAAAAUUUACGAAACAAGAAUAUUUAAUGGAUCUUUGAUUCGGAAAAAUACGGGGGAAAAUCCGGUCGUUUCCGUACAUUAGACAUUUCGUCAAAACGUAAACUUCCGAAUCAUUCCGAUUCUGCAAUGAAAACAAAAAUGGCGACUCCAUAGUUACGGAGUACGCUAUGUGACUUUCAAGAAGAAAACUAUUAUUAUGAAGUUUAAAUAGGAAGGUUAUUAUAAGGGAUGGCUGAUUUAUGUCUAACUAAUGGGGAAGAAUAAGCGCGAUGUAGUUUCAGACGAGAAUUUCAUUCCGCGAAUUAGUUCUACCAGUCGUAAACUUGCUGCCAAACGUUUGGAGCAGACAAGUUUGGGUGGUCUUCCGCAUUUUAUGCGUGAAAUAAAGUGCAAAUCCACAGUGCCUUUAGCUCCCAUUCCUUUGAAUGAAAAUAAUAAAGCAGAAACGACUGCAUCAGACACUCGCGCUGAAAAUUCUAUUAGAAAAGUUCUGCAGCCAAUCACAAUGACUGCAAAACCAUUAUUGGACGACAGCGUUUUUACAUUUAAACCAAGAGUAAGCUCCGCAAGUGCAAAAAUCGUGGAAAACUUAGGUACAGAUUUUAUGGAAAGGCAGCAACAACAUUUAGACAAGCAAAAAAAAAUGAUUGAGCGGGCAGGUAACGGGUCUUACAGUGGGGCAGGGAAUUUAUCUCCAUUGAGCCAGUACAAAAGAUUGAAAGAAAAGGGAUUUAAGAUUGAGGAGAGCGACAACACAAACAACAACUCCUCCCCACCAGAUCAGGAGGCAGAGAUUGAGGGCCCUGACUCGCCUACAGAUCGCUCAGAACUGGAGGAGCUUGCGGACACGAUGCCAGCGCUCAUGAGGACCAGGACUUCCAUGUCCAAGAACCUCCAGCGAGUCUUGGAUGGUCCUUAUGCUAAUGGAAACCCAGACAUGGUGCUAAAACGUCACAAGACCCGGAUACGGGCUCAUCACAUGAAGGGGAACAAAUCACUGGGGGAUAACUAUGACCUGGAUGACCUUAGAGACUCUACAAAUACAACUAUAGAAGAAGAAGAAGACAUUGAGAAUGGAACAUCCUUGUCAAGGAGUAAAACUAUGCCCUCACUUGGUCGGCCCAAGCUGUCAAGGAAGAUUACAAGUAUAAAUACCUCCACUGACAGGCUGGCCAAAGCUAAAGAUGUUGCAGAAAAAGCCAUCAGAAAUAAAAAGGUGUUUACAAUACAAGGAGGUUAUUCUGCAAUCAGACACAGUCUUAGAAAACGUGGUUGGGUGGAGAAGUUUUAUAGAAUACCAGGACCACAGAAAUCUACAAAGAAAGGACACAAGAAAGGGGGUGAUGAUGAUGAUGAAGAUGGGGAUGAUGAUGGAGACGACGAUGAUGAUGACGAUGAUGAUACCGAUAGUGACAAUGACCAGCCCAGUGUUCCACCAUGGGAGGAGGAAGAAGGCAUUUAUGGCAUCAUGUCGCGUAUUGUGCGAAACGUGAACCCGACCUUUAUCUGGGUACUGAAGCGUGACGUGAUAGACUACCGCUUUCUCACUAAGGAACAGAUGGUGAACCACUAUUGCAAGGCUGGAUCAUUUACUACCAAGGUUGGUUUGUGCGUGAACAUGCGACAGGUGCCCUGGUUUGACGAGUCAGAUCCGGAUGAGUUCUACCCGCGCUGUUACCGCCUCAGUCACGAAGAGGAGAAGGCUGCGUUUAUUGAUGAUUACAGACUCACUACAUGUGUCAAUAUUCUCAAAAUAGUCAUAAGUAUGUACAUGGAGGGGGGUGAGUGUAACAGCGAGGGGGUACGGGAAAAGAAGCAGGAACAGCCCGAAAUUGACCCCGAAGUUUACGCUUGCACCAACCCCGAAUGCACAAGAUCUCGACCGAAUGAACCAAGUGAAAAUCUUUGCGUGCAUGCUCUUCAGAAGAAGAAAGAGGAGGAGGAAAAGCAGCGCGAAAAAGAACUUAUUGCUUCCGAGGAAGACCAAAUUCUGGAUGAACAGGAAGAAGUUGAAUGUGAUGAAAAUGGUGAUAUUGAGAAAUCAAAAGUGAUACGAUCGCUAGACUCGAGCCGAAAACAGAAGGCAAAUAAGAAGAAGCGUAUGGUUGUGCCCCAACAGUGCCUUGAUCGAGCCUUGAUUCAGUGUGAGAAGUAUCUCAUCUUCCGUAACCAUGACGACAUUGACCAAUCCGUUGAGAGGGACUCUCUGACUCCUGCACAGUGGGAUGAGCUCAUCACUUGGUAUUAUCAGCUUGUACAUGAGGGUGGCCUGAUUUCAAAUGUGCCAAGCAACAUACUUGGGCAGAUUGAGAACGUCUUGAACAGGAUCAAGGCAGUCUGGCCCCAGUAUGAGCUAGACGGGGUGAAGAACGUCUGGAUUGUCAAACCUGGGGCCAAGUCCAGGGGCCGAGGCAUUACGUGCUAUGACAAACUAGAGGAUAUGCUAAAACUUGUCAGCAGUCAAGUUAUACGCAAAGACAACAAAUAUGUCGUGCAGAAGUACAUGGAGCGUCCGUUAUUAAUACACAACUGCAAGUUUGACAUCCGCCAAUGGUUCCUUGUCACAGACUGGAAUCCCCUCACAAUCUACUUCUACAUGGACAGCUAUCUAAGGUUUUGUUCGCAACAAUUUACGCUGGAAAGUUACGAUGAGUCCAUUCAUCUGUCAAACAACGCCAUACAGAAACACUACAAGAAUGGAGUGCGUUCCAAGGAGCUUCCACAGGAGAACAUGUGGACCCACGAAACAUUCAAAGAGUUUACCAAAAAACAAGGUGCUGGCAAUGUCUGGGAUGCCUUGAUCUAUCCUGGCAUGAAGAAGGCAAUCAUCUGUUCCCUGUUAUCUACCCAGGAUCUUGUUGAGUACAGAAAGGCCUCUUUUGAGCUGUACGGAGCUGACUUCAUGCUGACGGAGGACUACAAGCCCUGGCUAAUUGAGAUCAACUCGAGCCCGAGCAUGGAGAGCUCUACAGCCGUCACCUCUCUACUGUGUGCCAACGUUCUAGAGGACACACUGAAAGUGGUUCUUGAUCGAAAAUGGGACAAAAACUGUGAUAUAGGCCGCUUUGAGUUAGCCUACAAACAACCCCUGGUGACUGUCCCGCCUUAUAUUGGCAUCAGCCUGUGUGCAGAAGGGAAUGUUGUGAAGAAACCAAGCUGGAUGAAUGUGAGGCGGCAGAGUGAAAACAAUGAAGCGCUCUUCUCCCCUCGUAAAGAAAAGCAGGUGAUAUUCAAUGAUAAAUUGUUGGGAAACAGAAUUGACACUGGUAGUAAAGGUGUAAAGCGUCCGAAGAGUGAAAACGGACAUGAGGAUACUAGCAGUUACACAAAAGCCACUACUUCCGCCCCUUUAAAGAAGUCCACAAGUCGAGAUAAUAACCAGGACAGUCCAGGGAAUCUUCGGCCAAAAAAGGCCGCAACGCACAAAUCUCCUAAAAUUGUGGAAAAUUUACAGCCUACAAACAGUGCCAGCAACAACAGUGUGACCAAUGAGAAGUCCUAUAGUGAGAAUGGCAGCAUGUACAGUCGAGCUCAUUCUGAACAGAGUAAGCAGGACAUCGACAAUCAGGAUGACAGAAAAUCUGAACGGACAGCUAUCGUUUCCUCUCCACCCUCACCCAUACUAGCCCCCAAGAUGGCCAUGUUUGGUUCGGGAACUGUUCCUAACGCAAGCUACAUUUCCAGCCUUGCUCAAAGGAAAAUCGUGUCAAAAACGUCGGUCUCUAUGAAUUACACCAUUCCAUCCCAGGAUAACAAAGAACGGCCGCAGUUAACUGUGAGCAAUGUGGAAACGACUGACCUGCGUACUCUGCGGGCCCAAGCCAAAGGUACGUCCGGGCUGGCUCACAAGCUCUUUUAUAUAGGGCAAUCCUAUCCUCAUCAAGGUGUGUACUCGCUAACAGACGGCACUUGGGCCAGGACCUGCAGUGACUGCGGCAACGGCCUGAACUUACACUUAGAUAACAUUAACCCCUUCUGUAAGUGCCGCCAGGAUGGUAUCAGACUCUCGCCCGAUCCCCAGGAAUUCAAAUGUCAAAGGGCAAAAAGUGCACGUAACCCCCCUUCCCGCAAUCAUAGUAGAAUAAGUCCUCGACCACCUAGUGCUUCGGGCGUUACGCCCAGAAAGUCAAGCAGUAAUUUAUCAGACACUUCAGUAAUUAGUAACGAGCCUGCGUCUAAAAACCCUGUGUUCCUUCGCUACACUGAUGGUGGGAUCAUGCGGCCUGUAACGCCCCUGUAUUAUUACGGGUCCAGGUCUCUGCCGAGGUUAGUACGGCGCCAUAUCGGGCGCCGUGUGGGACAAUACCAUGAGCUAUCUGUUGGUCAGAACUCGGCCAUCUUUAUUGAUACCUCCCAGCUAAACGGGGCUCUUUCUAUAAUCUCUCAUGGAUACAGUUCAAAAUAGGACAUUGUUCAUGAUUGUUUAAGAUUGUUUGUAAUGUUGGCUUUUUUAUCAAGUUGUUGAUGUUUUUUGUUGUUUACUGUUGAUGUUGGUUUUGCAUUUCGAUUUGUCAUUGACAUUUGUGUAAGUGGCUUACUAAGUAAGCAAGAUCAUAUUUGUUAUGUUUACAAAUACUGGUAUAAUGCCACAUUAGGCUCUUUAAAUUUCAAAAUCAAUAAAUUGUAUAAUAGGUAUAAUUGAUGAUAUGAAUUAAAAUUUGAAGAAAAAACA